AUGGCAAGGAAGAAAUUUAGUGGAUUAGAAAUCUCCCUCAUUGUCCUCUUUGCAAUAGUUACUAUAAUAGCUAUUGCCCUAGUUGUUGUUUUAGCAACUAAAACACCUGCGGUUGAUGAAUUGAGUCAUCCUACUUCAACUCCAGCUGGUGUAGGAAAAUGUCCUGCUGCAUUAAAUGAUCCCAUCAAUGAGAGAAUAAGCUGCAUUCCAGACCAAUUUCCAACAGAGGCAAUCUGUGCACAACGAGGCUGCUGCUGGAGGCCACGGAAUGACUCUAUUGUUCCUUGGUGCUUCUUCUCGGAUAACCAUGGCUAUAAUGCGGAAGAAUCAACCACAAGUAGUACUGGACUUGAAACCAAAUUAAACAGGAUAGCUUCUCCUACACUAUUUGGAAAGGACAUUAAUAACGUCCUCCUUACAACUCAAAGUCAGACACCCAAUCGUUUCCGGUUCAAGAUUACAGAUCCAAAUAGUAGAAGAUAUGAAGUUCCUCAUCAGUUUGUAAAAGAAUUUACUGGACCCACAUCUUCUGAAACACUGUAUGAUGUACAAGUUCAAAAAAAUCCUUUCAGCAUCAAAGUUAUUAGGAAAAGCAAUAGCAGAAUUUUAUUUGAUACCAGCAUUGGUCCCCUGGUGUACUCUGACCAAUAUUUACAGAUUUCAACCAGACUUCCCAAUGAAUAUAUUUAUGGAAUUGGAGAGCAUAUUCAUAAGAGAUUCCGUCAUGAUUUAUAUUGGAAAAGAUGGCCAAUAUUUACUCGGGAUCAACUUCCGGGUGAUAAUAAUAAUAAUUUAUAUGGCCAUCAGACAUUCUUCAUGUGCAUUGAAGACACUUCUGGAAAGUCAUUUGGUGUUUUCUUAAUGAACAGCAAUGCAAUGGAGAUUUUCAUCCAGCCUACUCCAAUAGUAACUUAUAGAGUUACUGGUGGCAUUCUGGACUUUUAUAUCUUCCUAGGAGAUACUCCAGAACAAGUAGUUCAACAGUAUCAAGAGCUCAUUGGACUACCAGCAAUGCCUGCCUAUUGGAGUCUUGGAUUCCAACUGAGUCGCUGGAAUUAUACAUCAUUAGAUGUAGUGAAAGAAGUAGUGCAAAGAAACAGGGAAGCUGGCAUACCUUUUGAUACACAAGUCACUGACAUUGACUAUAUGGAAGACAAGAAAGACUUUACUUAUGAUCAAGUAGCCUUUAAAGGGCUCCCUGAAUUUGUUGAAGAUUUGCAUAACCAUGGGCAGAAAUACGUUAUUAUCUUGGACCCUGCAAUUUCUAUUGAAAAACGUGCUAAUGGAACAGCAUAUGAAACUUAUGAGAGAGGAAAUGCACAGAAAGUGUGGGUGAACAAGUCAGAUGGAAUUACUCCAAUUAUUGGAGAGGUAUGGCCAGGAUUAUCUGUAUAUCCUGAUUUCACUAAUCCAAACUGCAUAAAUUGGUGGGCAAAUGAAUGCAGUGAUUUUCAUCAAACAGUGAACUAUGAUGGACUUUGGAUUGACAUGAAUGAAGUUUCCAGCUUUGUUCAAGGUUCAACAGAAGGGUGCAGUGAGAAUAGUUUGAAUUAUCCACCUUUUACUCCUGAUAUUCUUGACAAACUCAUGUAUUCUAAAACACUUUGCAUGGAUGCUCUGCAAAACUGGGGGAAACAAUAUGAUGUUCACAGCCUGUAUGGAUACAGCAUGGCUAUAGCCACAGAGAAAGCUGUAGAAAAAGUUUUUCCUAAUAAGCGAAGCUUCAUUCUCACCCGGUCAACUUUUGCUGGAUCUGGACAUCAUGCUGCACAUUGGUUAGGAGAUAAUACUGCUUCUUGGGAACAAAUGGAAUGGUCUAUCACAGGAAUGUUGGAGUUCAGUUUGUUUGGAACACCUUUGGUUGGAGCAGAUAUUUGUGGAUUUGAGGCUAAUACUACAGAAGAGCUUUGCAGAAGAUGGAUGCAACUUGGAGCAUUUUAUCCAUUUUCUAGAAAUCAUAAUGCUGAUGGAUAUCAGCAUCAGGAUCCGGCAUUUUUUGGACAGAAUUCGCUUCUGGUCAAAUCAUCAAGACACUAUUUAAAUAUUCGCUAUACCUUAUUACCUUUCCUCUAUACUCUGUUUUAUAAAGCCCAUAUGUUUGGAGAAACAGUAGCAAGACCAGUUCUUCAUGAGUUUUAUGAGGAUACAAGCAGCUGGAUUGAGGAUACUGAGUUUUUAUGGGGCCCUGCAUUACUUAUCACUCCUGUUUUGAAACAGGGAGCAGAAUCAGUGAAUGCAUUCAUACCUGAUGCUACUUGGUAUGACUACGAAACUGGUGCAAAAAGGCCAUGGAGAAAACAGCGGGUUGAUAUUCCUCUUCCAGCAGAUAAGAUAGGGUUACAUCUCAGAGGAGGUUAUAUCAUCCCUACCCAAGAACCAGCAGUAACAACAACAGCAAGCCGUAAGAAUCCUCUAGGACUCAUUAUUGCAUUAAAUGAAAGUAACAUGGCACAAGGAGACUUUUUCUGGGAUGAUGGAGAAAGUAAAGACUCCAUAGAGAAGGGCAACUAUAUAUUAUAUACAUUUUCAGUUUCUAAUAACAAUUUGAAUAUUGUAUGCUCACAUGCAUCAUAUCAAGAAGGAACUACCUUAGCAUUUGAAACUAUUAAAGUCCUUGGGUUGACAGAUACUGUUACAGAAGUUAAAGUGGAAGAAAAUGGACAGCCAGUGAUUCUUCACAGCAAUUUUACUUAUGAUGCUUCCAACCAGAUUCUCUUAAUUAGAAGUCUCAACUUAAAACUUGGAAAAAGCUUUAUGGUUAGAUGGAAUCAAGUUUUCACUGAAAAUGAGAGAUUUACUUGUUAUCCAGAUGCAGACGAAGUAACUGAACCAAAGUGCAUACAGCGUGGUUGUUUAUGGCAAACGGCCUUAUCCAGUGCUCCUCCGUGUUACUUUCCUAAACAAUACAACCCUUAUGUAGUCACCUCAACUCAGUAUUUACCAACGGGUAUAACAGCUGACCUUCAGUGGAAUACUGGAAAUGCUAAGAUAGCGCUACCAUCUGUUUCCAUUUCAACUCUGCGUGUGGAGGUGAAAUAUCACAAAAAUGAUAUGCUGCAGUUUAAGAUUUAUGAUCCCCAGAAUAAGAGAUAUGAAGUUCCAGUACCAUUAAACAUUCCAACCACUCCAACAAGUACUUAUGAAAACAGACUUUAUGAUGUUGAAAUCAAGGAAAAUCCUUUUGGCAUCCAGAUUAGACGGAGAAGCAGUGGAAGAGUUAUUUGGGAUUCUCGAGUGCCUGGAUUUGCAUUUAAUGACCAGUUCAUUCAAAUAUCUACUCGUCUGCCAUCAGAAUAUAUAUAUGGUUUUGGGGAAACGGAACAUACAGCAUUUAAAAGAAAUCUGAACUGGCAUACUUGGGGAAUGUUCACAAGAGACCAACCCCCUGGUUAUAAAUUUAAUUCCUAUGGAUUUCAUCCCUAUUAUAUGGCUCUGGAAGAUGAAGGCAAUGCCCAUGGAGUUCUCUUACUCAACAGCAAUGCAAUGGAUGUUACCUUUCAGCCAACUCCUGCUCUAACCUACCGGAUAAUUGGAGGGAUCUUGGAUUUCUACAUGUUUUUGGGUCCAACUCCAGAAGUUGCCACAAAGCAAUACCAUGAAGUAAUUGGCCAACCAGUCAUGCCACCUUAUUGGGCUUUAGGAUUCCAACUGUGUCGUUAUGGGUACAGAAAUACGUCAGAGAUUGAGGAAUUAUAUGAUGCAAUGGUGGCUGCUGGUGUCCCCUAUGAUGUUCAAUAUACAGACAUUAAUUACAUGGAAAGGCAACUAGACUUCACAAUUGGUGAAAACUUCCAUGACCUUCCUCAAUUUGUUGACAGAAUAAGAGGAGAAGGAAUGAGAUACAUUAUCAUCCUGGAUCCAGCAAUUUCAGGAAAUGAAACAAAGCCCUACCCUCCAUUUGAAAGAGGAAUGGAAAAAGAUGUCUUUGUCAAAUGGCCUAAUACCAGUGAAAUUUGUUGGGCAAAGGUUUGGCCAGAUUUGCCCAAUGUAACUAUAGAUGAGUCAAUUACUGAAGAUGAAGCUGUUAAUGCUUCCAGAGCUCAUGUAGCUUUUCCAGAUUUCCUCAGGAACUCCACAGCAGAGUGGUGGACAAGGGAAAUUUUAGAUUUCUACAAUGACCAGAUGAAGUUUGAUGGCUUGUGGAUUGAUAUGAAUGAGCCAUCAAGUUUUGUACAUGGAACAACUACCAAUCAAUGCAGAAAUAAAGAUCUAAAUUAUCCACCUUAUUUUCCAGAACUUACAAAAAGAACAGAGGGAUUACAUUUUAGAACUAUGUGCAUGGAAACUGAACAAAUUCUUAGUGAUGGAUCACCAGUUUUACAUUAUGAUGUUCACAAUCUAUAUGGAUGGUCACAAAUGAAACCUACAUAUGAUGCAGUGCAGAAGACCACUGGUAAAAGAGGGAUUGUUAUUUCACGUUCCACGUAUCCUACUGGUGGAAGAUGGGGGGGACACUGGCUUGGAGACAACUAUGCACAAUGGGACAAUUUGGACAAAUCCAUCAUAGGUAUGAUGGAAUUUAGUCUCUUUGGAAUAUCAUAUAUUGGAGCAGACAUCUGUGGUUUCUUCAACAAUUCUGAAUAUCAUCUCUGUGCCCGCUGGAUGCAACUUGGAGCAUUUUAUCCAUACUCAAGAAAUCACAACAUUGCAUUUACUAGAAGACAAGAUCCUGUUUCUUGGAAUGAAACUUUUGCUGCAAUGUCAAAGCGUAUUCUAGAAAUUAGAUAUACUUUAUUGCCCUAUUUUUAUACACAAAUGCAUGAAGUUCAUGUUCAUGGUGGCACUGUUAUCCGACCCCUUUUGCAUGAGUUCUUUGAGGAAAAGCCAACUUGGGAUAUAUACAAGCAAUUCUUGUGGGGUCCAGCAUUUUUGGUCACCCCUGUGUUGGAUCCUGUAAGUUCCACCACAUAAGGCUAUAUCCCUAAUGCUCGGUGGUUUAACUACUAUACUGGUGAAGAUAUAGGUUUCAGAGGAAAAAAUAGUACAUUUCCAACUGACUGGGAUAAAAUAAAUCUACAUGUUAGAGGUGGUUACAUCCUACCAUGCCAAGAGCCUGCUCAAAACACAUUUUAUAGAAGGCGAACCAACACCUAUGAAAGAGACCUAUACUUCUUGGUACAAUUUAAUUUAAAAGAGAAAACUUUGACAAGCACUGUACUGAAAAAUGGUUACAUAAAUAAAAGUGAAAUGAGGCUUGGAUCUGUCCAUGUAUGGGGGAAAGGAAAUGUUCCUGUCACUGGAGUCAACUUGAUAUAUAAUGGAAACACAGUACCACUUAGAUUUGAAAACCUAGAAAAAGAGAAUAUUGACCUUAAAGACAAAAAUGUUACUCUUGAUGAACCAUUUGAAAUCAGCUGGUCAUGA